AUGAUGGAAAUGGAAUAUAUGAAACCUAUUAUUCCAAAAACAAAACAUAUUGAUAGUAAAAAUUUUAAAGAAUUAUUUACCCCUGAAUUAGUUAAACUUUCUGAAUUAUUUAAAAAUAAUGGAUUUGAAAUUCGUAUAGCUGGAGGGGCUGUAAGAGAUUUAUUAUUAGGUAACAAACCUGUAGAUGUUGAUUUUGCAUCUGAUGCAACACCUCAACAAAUGAUAGAAAUGUUUAAUAGAGAAAAUAUUAGAAUGUUAAAUAAAAGAGGAGAAGAACAUGGAACUGUUACAUGUAGAAUUGAUGAUAAAGAAAAUUUUGAAGUAACCACUUUAAGAAUUGAUGUUGUUUGUGAUGGAAGGAGAGCUGAAGUAAUGUUUACAAAAAAUUGGCAACUUGAUGCCUUUCGUAGAGAUCUCACAAUAAAUGCUUUGUUUUUAAAACUUGACGGUACUGUUAUUGAUUACACAAACGGUAUUGAAGAUUUAGAAAAUAGAAAAGUUGUUUUUGCUGGAGAUGCCGAAACAAGAAUACAAGAAGAUUAUUUAAGAAUUUUAAGAUAUUUUCGUUUUUAUGGAAGAAUAGCUGAAAAUCCUAAUGCUUUUGAUGAAAAAACUUUAGAUGCUAUUAAAAAAAAUGCAUCUGGAUUAGGUGGUAUAAGUGGUGAACGUAUUUGGACAGAAUUUAAAAAAAUUAUCCUUGGAAGAUUUUCUUCUUCAAUUAUUAAAGUUAUGCUUGAAGAGUGUAAACUUAAUAAAUAUCUUGGUAUUCCAGAAAAUUGUUCUUUAGAUCAUUAUGUUAAAAUUGUAACAAUGAACAAUAUAAAUGAUCUAAUGCCUUCAACAAUUAUUUCAUCUUUAUUUAGUAAUAUGGAUGAUUUAGAUAAAUUUCAUAAUCGAUGUAAAAUAUCUAAUGCUGAGAGAGGAUUAUGUGAAUCUAUUAUAAAUGUAAGAGAUUUUUUAAAUGAAAAGUUAAAGAAUGAUUCUGUUAGUAGAUUCAAAAUUUGGAAAGAUUUAUUAACAGAUGAAUACUACAAAAAUUGUAUGAAAAAUGAAGAAGCUGCAAAGGAAAGAGUAAAACAGAUUGGAAUGUACUUAUUAUGUGAAAAAGAAUUGUUAAAUGAGAUUAAUCAAAUUAAAAUACCUUAUUUUCCAUUAAAUGGAGUAGUUCUAAUGAAAAAUAAUUUUCCAAAAGGACCAAAAGUUAAAUUUAUAUUAGAUAAUUGUUUUACGGAAUGGGUUGAAAGUGACUACACAAUGUCUUUGGAUGAUUUAAUUGCCUUCGGAAAAAAAUUAGAAAUACCGGAAAACAUAAACCAAAAAAAAAAUAGGAAAAGAAAGUCAUCGUAG